AUGUUAUCCCUCAGUAGAAGGUCCCAAGAGGCUUGGAUUAUUGCCGGGGAUUUCAAUGCGGUGGUAAACCUGGAUGAAAAAAGGGGUAUUCAUCCCCCAAACCACUCUAGUAUGACAGAGUUCGCUGAUGCAAUCCAAUCUAUGGGUCUGAUUGACGCAGGAUUCUCUGGUGCUCGUUACACUUGGUGCAACAAUCAAAAUGGAAAUGCCCAAGUGUGGGCUCGUCUCAAUAGAGUUCUGAUGAACAGUUCCUGGGCGAAUAGAUUCUCGCUUUUCCGAGUGGAACAUCUCCCUUGUUCCAAGUCCGACCAUGCACCUCUUCGCCUGGCCUUCCCUUCCCUUUCCCCUCCCAAGAUUCAAAAGACGGAAGAGGAGCUCGAAAUAGUGGAUAGUAGGUUGCAGAUAGAUCCUAUAGAAGCUCUCUGUCAAGAACAUCUCCAAAUCAAACAGAAGCUCGAGGAGCUUGAGCUUAAGGAAGAGGUCUUUUGGAAACAAAAAUCGAGGAACGCUUGGCUUGAUGAGGGCGAUAGAAACACUUCUUUCUUCCACACGUCAGUGACCGAGAGAACAAGACGCGCCACUAUUCACUCGAUCACCUUGGAUGAUGGGACCGUCCUGACAAAUCAAGAAGACAUCAAAGUGGCUGCGGUUUCCUACUUCCAAACUCUUUUCCAAGAGGAAGAGGUUUCUUUCACAGCUGAUUUUCUUUGCUUUAUCCCACAUUGUGUUCUCCCGCAAGAUAAUGCCUCCUUACAGUUUCCUCCUUCCAGGGAGGAAGUUUAUUCCGCUCUUAAGUCCAUCCCAAAGGAUGGAGCGGCUGGUCCUGAUGGCUUCUCAGCCUCCUUUUUCAUUGAAUGCUGGAAUAAUGUGGGUAAAGAUGUUCAUAAAGCUGCUAAGGCGAUGUUCGCAGGGAUGAUAUCGCAAGAGCAAGGUGCUUUCAUCAAAGGAAGAUAUAUGGCGGAAAACAUCGCUCUCGCUCAGGAAGCUUUGAGAGAUAUUAACAGGAAGGCAAGGGGAGGUAAUCUAACCCUCAAGCUAGAUUUGGAAAAGGCAUAUGACAGGGUAAACUGGUCGUACCUCAAGCAAGCCCUCCAUAAAUUCGGUUUCAAUGCCAAAAGUGUGUAG